GGGUUUCUUCGGUCUUACGCUCUUCUGGUUCGGCAUCCGCUGGACCUUAUCCUUGCCCAAGAGUCGUUUCUCCUUCCAAAUACACUAGGAUGGGAACAAUGGGACAAAUUCAUUACCCCAUUCCGAUACUUAGAAGACUCCGGUGUUGCAAAUCGAUACAAACAUGGCCAGUUGCGGCUUUCAAGACUAAACUGGGCUGUCCGUAUAUUCAAUCCUCGGGGUACUGAAACAAGAUGGUUUUAUGCUCUUUCUGAAUCGUCAAUAUCAAGACAUGUGCAAGCUGCAACCGCGCCUUUGCUUUUCUCAUUCGCAAUACUCUCGCUGGCCUUGUCGGCGAUGCAGGUCAUUCUCUCUACCGAUCUGAGCGAUGUGGGUAUACCAGAGCCAGUUGGUAAAGUAAUUGGGAAUAUCUUCUUGGUAUUUUCACUUGGUGUGAUUUUUAUAUCUGCUUCAAUAUGGGUGUUAUUAUUGGCGAUUCCGUCCUUUGUAUUAAUUUGGCAGCUUAUAUGGGCACUUCGACAUAAGAACAAG